AUGUUUGGUCGUAAGAAAAAUCCAGCUCCUUCCCGCAAGUCCGACGGAGGCAAAGCACUCAUGGCGCAGAUGGGUUUUGUGAUGGAUGUUGAUGACAUGGUCCUUGGCUCUCCAGAUGGCAAUGAUGACGACCUUGAGGCUGAACUGAGAGCUUUGGAAGCCGAGAAUGAAAGGGAACACAAGUCGAGAUCCAUCAAAAAACAACAAAAUGAACCAUCAAAGAUAAAGUCAGCAGGAGAACUUGAGAAGAUGAUAGCACUGAGUAUGAGGGACCUGCCCAAUGAAGAUGAAGAUAUUGAAGUCUCAGACACCGAAGACCCUGACAUAUUGAUGCUUGAAGAACGACACAACAACUACAGGGAAGGCAUCGAAGCUUCGAAGCAGGCAGGUGACCAGUUGAAAACCAGAAGAUUGGAAAGAGAUCCUGGAAGAUUUAGUGAAAAGUGUGAAAUCAGGAAGCCACCGCUACCACAGCCACAACUUCCAUCAGUUCUCCCACGCACAUCUCUUCCUCCACCACCCCUCAAAUCACCCAACAUGAAUUCCCCAAUAAGUUACAAGGAGUUUCUUAACUUAACAGAUGAUAAGAAACAGCUGAUACUAGCAGAGCAGUGUGAGGCAUUUAAGCAGGAGGCACUGAAGUUGAAGAAGGAAGGAAUGAAGGAGCAAGCUGUGCACUGCAUCAAGACAUCCAAGCAAUUUGAAUCAGUUGCUCUGGCAUUGAAGGAUGGCAAGCCAGUGGAUUUCAGUGGCAUGCCAGCAUUCAUCUCAUCCUUUUCAUCCACAUCACCCAUGCUACCAGCGCACAAUGGUGAUUAUUUUCUUAUUAAUUUUCAAAUUGUUUCAACUUGCUUCUGCGUUGAUAUGGCCAUGCAUGCUCUUGUUGUUUUGCAUCUGACAGUAGUGGUAGUCAAGUUGUUAAGCCUGAAAUGUGUCAGGGAUGUCGUCUGUGUGGAGUUUGAAUGUGUGAACAGGGCCAAUACAGUUUUUAUACAAGCGCGAAAUUUAAGCUUGAAUGGUGAUAAACGAACUGCGUAUUUGAAUUCAGUAUGA